AAUAAUAUACCAUGUCCUCCCCGUCGGUCUCCCCGCCGCCGCCCAUCCAGCGCUCGCAGUUUGCAGCAUACGCAUCGUUCCUUGAGCAUCUCCAGCACGAACAACAGACCGACCUUUCGCAGCAGCUCGCCCAUAGAUGGGAAGAUGAGGAUAUCGUCUUGUCGGAUGAGAGCGACUGGGAGAGUAGACUGAGCAGGGAGGCGAGUGGAAGACCCACUGUAGUCGGGGAUGAAUAUGUGGGGGCGAGGGUGGGAGGAAAGAGAAAGAGGCAGCAAGGAAGUGGAGAGACGCGCUGGCCCGUAGGGUUGACAGAACUGCCCGAACCGCCAAGCUUCUCGGAAGCCAUAACCUCCUUCGCUACUGCCUACAUCCGAACACAAUCCCUCACUCUGCCCAAUCUACCGGAUCAAGACCUCUCAAACCCACUGCUCCCGCCCAAUCUGAUCGAGUCGUCAGAACAGAUGGUGAGAGAGGUGUUGACAAAGCUCGCGGGCGUAAGACCGGCGAGGGUGUCCAAGGCUAGGAAAGAUUUGGAGACGCUAGGAUGGGGGGAUGUGCUUGAGGUGGCUGCUAUGCUGCCUAGUGCUCGAGCUGAGGUCAGGAAAGCCAAUGCCAGAUUACGGACCAUGUACACCCAGCCCGGACCAGAUUUACUAUCCCAUCGCUUGAAAUGCCUUUCCGAACGCCCAAAAAGACCCUCGCGUUCAGACAUCUACACGUCGGUUAUCCCCAAAGCCGAUCCCACCUUAAGACCCCACGUUUCCAAAGCAGGUCCGUAUUCCCCCUCAUCGCCUUUCUCCCCGCGAAAGCUUUGACUGACAAAAUACAGAAUUAGCCCGAAGAGCAUCAUCCCUCUCCCAGAGAGCCGCCAACCGCCAACAAAAAGCUGCUGCCGAACAAGCCAAGUUGGAGGCAAAAGAAGAGCGGAAGAGGGUCAGGAGGGAGAAGGCGAAGUUGAGGGCGAGGGCGAAGAAGGCUGAGAAGAUGGGAGAAGCUGAGAGGAUGGGAGAAAGGCAGGGAGAAGGGGAGGUGGAGUGAGGUGGGCGUUGGAUGAGGUUGAGUUGGCGUCAAGUCGAUAGGGCUGGAGGUACGCUGGUGAUUCUAGAUGUUGUAAACUAUGUUGUAAACCAUAACGACAAGAGAU